GGAGACAAGUAGAGGCCGGAAGUCCCGCCCUCGGCCCUUCCCUUCACUCCUGAGCGUCUUUCUCGCCUCAGAAAACUCUCCUCAGAAAAUGUCGGCGUUGCAGCUGAACUUGGGGCCCGCGAAGGAGCCCUUAGGCUUCAUCAAAAUCCUGCAAUGGAUUUUCUCUAUCUUUGCCUUUGCUACCUGUGGAGGUUACAGUGGAAAAACAUCCAUUUUCCUCACCUGUCGUGAUAACAAAAAUGUGACUUUGGAAGCUAAUUUUGGCUACCCUUUCAGGUUGAACAAGGCUACUUUUGAUUCUUUCGAACGAUCACAAUGCAACACGUCAUGGACCACGGUCCACCUGGUGGGAGACUACUCCUCUUCAGCACAAUUCUUUGUUACCUUUGCAGUCUUGGUAUUCCUGUACUGCAUGGGCGCUUUGGUGCUGUAUUUGGGCUAUCUGCAUUUAUAUCGGGGUGCUGGCAAACUCCCAAUGAUUGACUUCGUUAUUACAGUGGUAAUUUCUUUCCUCUGGCUGGUGAGUACAUCAGCUUGGGCAAAAGCCCUCACAGACAUCAAAACGUCAACUGGCGAUAACCUGGUGUCAGAGAUUGAGGCUUGCAAUGCCACCCCUCACUUAUGUCACUUCAAAGAAAUACGAAGCCUGGGGUCUUUGAAUGUCUCAGUGGUCAUUGGUUUCCUCAACUUGAUCUUGUGGGCAGGAAAUGCUUGGUUUGUCUACAAGGAAACAAGUCUCCAUAACCCUCCAGCAGCUUCUCCUCCAAACCCAACCAGCGUCUCAUCUCCUUCAGGGAUGUAAGGAACACAGAAAGCCCCCUGGUAUGGAGCAUCAUCUUUCACUGCAGGAUGGUCACUGCAGCAGCUCUGCCCCACCCCACAUUUAUGCACUUGAUGUGUGGAAACAGAUGGGUUUCCUUUUUUAUCCUCCCCUCUCCUCCCCUCCCUUUUUUGUUGCUCUAAUGCCUUGUAAGAGGAAAGAAUGGAGAUCUCCUCUCUUCCCUGUAUUCAUGCAAGAGGGUCGUUCUACUGUAUUGAAGCUUAUUCUGUGUAUUGAAAAGGCAAACAAGGGUUUAUUAAUUAAAAGUGUCACAGAACCAGAAAUCUGCCUCCAGUAGCUGGCUUUGUCACCUGGUGCAGGUCAGUAUGCAUUUUGGAGCUGGAGCAGAGUUGUACAGCUAUGCACCUGAUCCUAUUCACUCGGAAGGCAACCUCACUGAUUCAGUGGGUUUUACUCCCAAACAAAUGUGAUUAGGAUUGCAGCCUUGGUCUCACCCAGACCAGGUGCCUUUGUUACAUAAUUCUAAGAUGUAGAGAGGUUGAGAGUCUUGUGCAGUUCAUACCGUGCUUGAUGUUGGUUAUAGCCAGGAGCUCUGGGAGUUUGCAUUGGAUGUAGACUCCCAACUACUUGAUCAGAAUGCUUACUUUCAGAUUAGUAUUCCUUAUAGAGACUGGUAGAAGCUGCUUCCACACAGGCAUUUAAUCCAAAGCAGAAUGUGGAUUUAAAAGAUCUGGUGUACGUGUGGAUUGUCUAUACAAAAACUACAAAAUAGAGGAAAUAUGAAAAAUGAUUUGCACACCUGCUGUGGAUGUCCACGGAUUUUUGACCUGCAUUUCCCAUCAGACCUAGACAGAAUUGCCAGUGGGAAGGACCAUAGGAGUUAUAUUCCAGAAACAAAAUAAGGGUGAUAUGAUUGAGCAUAAAGCUCACCCUCUCUCCUUGGCUCCAAGACCACUAAAAUUCUAACCCCUUUUGUGCAAAUGUUCAUAUAAACUAACUGAACUCAUAUUUUCAAAUUAACUCAUACAAAUGCACUUGAAAAAGUCACCAAAUAAGUGGCACCUUAUCUGAAAUGUUAUAGCCUGGGAAGAAUAUAGAAAUAUUGGUAGAGUAGCAUGUUUCUGUGGGGACUACAUCAUACAGCAUUCUCAGACCUCCUGAUUAUGACAAGCUGGCUCUAAAAUCAUUCAUGUUCUUUGAUUUGUGCAUGUGUAAUAGUUUUUCACACUCUCAUUCUCUAGAAUUGUUUUGAUUAUUUUAAAGACAUAAUCAUAGCAAGCAUGCUUACAGAUGCCAAAAACCAAAAGGCAGUCUCUGAUAAUCUACACUGUCCUAAGAAUUAUGUUACAUCUUAUAUGGCUAGCAUUACAUUUUAUUAUCAGUACUAAAAGUAUUCUACACAAUUCCACUUUCUUGCCAAAAUAUUCUGAAAAAGCGUCAGUGAAUAAAACACACAUAUUGAGUACGCCCCUGGAAAAUUGUAAUUUUUUUUUGCAUUAUUGUAAUUUUAAAAUAUAUAUUUUAUUGUCACAUUAACCAUGAGGAAAGGAAAUUACUUUAGGUCAGUAAGGCAACUGUGGCUGUUUACAUUGUGGUUCUACUAUUUUUGAAUGGUAGUUUCCAUAAUUCCUGAAUAUCAACUGCUGCUGAGUAAGACUGAUGUACCAGAAGAUCACAUUUGGUAACCCUUCCUAUGAGUGAUCUUUGUUAUAUUCCCUCCUCAUAUAUAAACUCUCUUGUUAUCGUUCAAGAAAGGAAGUUGGAGCCAUCUUCUAAACAAAAUUGUGAAAGUCAUUUUUGAUUAUGUGAAUAACUCAGUCUUUUUCUUUGCUGUUCUCAAAAGGCCUUUCAGAUUACCCAAUUAUGGCACUAUGAUUCUACUUGAACUGCCAUAGUGGCAUCCUAUGGAAUUUGCAACUAAGGGAAAGCAAUUUAGAAUUGUCAGCCAGAGAGUUCUAGUGCCUCCCUAAACUACUGGAUUCCAUAGGAUGUAGUCAUUGUAGUGCUAAAAUUGUUUAGCGUGAAAGGGCCCCAAGUUUGUUCUGUGAGUCAGGAAGUUUUCAGUGUGUGUGCAGCAGAUUUCCUCCCAUUGUCAUGUAUGCUAAGGAACUUUGAUAUGUUGCAGUGGGUUCUGGGUCACAUUCCUGAACAAACCCUCGGCUUCUUCGGGGGCUUAGCAAGAUCUUUUGGGGCCUAACCAGUAACCUGUGUGCACUGAGAGAUAUCUCCCAAUUUAUAAGAUCCGUUUUGUUUCUAAUUAGAACUGCAGCAUCCAUAACUUGCAGUCAGGGCUUAUGAGAAUGGAACCAGAUCUGGAAGACCUAAAAUAAAUUCCUCUUACUCUACAUGUGCAAGCCCCAAAUAGGUCAAAUAUUAAGGGGGUGGGGCAGGGGAACUAAAGCUUCCAUGAUUGUGGGUGUCGUUUUCCAAAGCACUGCUGUAGGUCAGAGAUUCUCAGCAAACUCUGAAAAAGCAUGCCCUUUGCUAUUACUUUUAUUAUUAUUUCUUAAAGAGCCAGAAACCCUUACACAGGAACCAGUAAUCUGCUAAAACUCAAAUUAUUUGCUAUCAAUUCCUCUCAUAUUAGCAUAAUGGAACAAAAUCUGUCAUUGCCAGGAAAACUUAUUUGCUUUGAGAGAUUUCCUAAACACUCCCAAAGCUUUGCAAAGCUUCUAUUUGCUGCAAAAGACUGGUUAAAACACUGGGAAGCGGGGGAAUGGCAAAUGGUGGAAGGUGUGUUGGUUUUGGUUUUGGAAUGUAGUUUUGAAUUGCCUUGCUUUUAUGUGCUUGCAGAAUAUAAUUUUUUUUGUAGGAAAGAACACCAAACCUGAAUGCAUGUUUGACAAUUACAAUCUUUUUUUUUUUUUGUCCCAGUGGACCCUUUGAAAUCAAUGGAAAUGUAGACAGUGGUUAACAAGUUCUAUUCAUUCCAAUAGAAAUAUCAUAGAAGGGCUAAAACAAAUUUAGCCUUUUGUUCACAGUUUAUUUUAUGUUUUUGGCUUCUGUAAUUCUACAUACUUUUCUCCGCUAUGAAUUAAACCAAUCUCCCCCCACCCAUUCUUUAGACAAAGAUCCUAUGUAAAUAUCUCUGCUGGUGGUCUUUUCCAAAAAAACUUAUGUUAUGGCCUGACUACAUAGAAACACACACAUAAAUGUAAAAGUACAGAUAUUAUCUGAGAGUUAAUGCCUUUUUAAAAUAAGUAAAAAAUAAAGGAGAAUAAUUGUUACGCCGCUAUCAAACCUGUAGUGCCAUGUUAUUCACACAUGUACUAUAUUGCUUUAAAAAGGAAUAAAAAUUUACCAUUUCCUAAUAAAUUGUCACAUAUUAAUUCCAGAUUAAGCAUUGUGCCCCAGAUCUUAUAUGUAGUCCCCCACCAAUGUGUAGCUUAUUGAUGCUAUUAAUAUUUUGUAAUCUUGCUGAACUGCAGCACAAAUACUAGUCAGGUUUUGAAUUUGUUGAUUGCAUGCAAAAAACAGCUAUUCAGAAAGAUACACAGUUUUAUACACUUUAAGUUUUCAUCUCCUCAUCUUAAGUAUUACUAAUCCAGAAGUACAAGCAGUACCAAUCACUUGAUACUUCACUGAGCACUACGUUCAUAAAUUUCUAAGGUGAAGCUAUUUUUUCUAGUGUGUUUUAUAUGCGCCAAACAAGUUCAACUAACCAUUGAUCCAUAACACUAAGCACCUUGUGUAAAGUUGAAAGAAAGCCUUAAUAUUCUCCAUUAUUUUAAAGCUUUAACCUCAACGCGUCUUGAAAUCUGCAUGGUGCUUGGUGCUAAAGAAUGCAGAAUGCGACCUCAGAGGCAGACUCAUAAGUAUCUCAGCCUUAAUUUUAAACAAACAAGCGUCUAUUCCUCCUCAUUGCCAUGCUGCUUCCUGCUUGCUGCUUACUCCAGGAGUAUAAGUGAAAUGCAUGGCUGAAUACAAACAAGCAUGCCUUACAAAGAUGCUUUUUAGAGGUCUGUGAAUCAUUCAGGCUUAUCCAGCUUCAUGUUUUGAAUAUUACUUUUCUGCUUUCUCUCAGGGUUGAAUUAAAGCCACUUUGGGGGGCUAUUUCAAUCCAUACAGCCUACUAAGUCCACAAUUAUUUGAAAUGCAUGUUCAAGUAAGGAAUUGCCCAAAUGAGGACAGCAAGCAAAUUAUUACCCUAUUCUCAGAUUUUUUUUAAAAAAAAUAACAUUGACCAAUAAGCAUUUAUAGCUGAACUUUCCAAACUCUGUGCCAUAAUAUGUUAGUGUGUGAGCUGCAGUGUCACAUGAAUGUUAACGAGAAAGUCACAAAUCUUGGAAAUGUAUAAUCUUACAAAUCAUACACUUUAGAAAAUAUAAAGGAAAGGUUUUCAUGAGAUACAUAGUGUCCCCAUAAAAAGAUAAAGGUAAAAGUUUCCCCUGACAUUAAACCUAGUCGUGUCCAACUCUGGGCAGUGGUGUUCAUUUCAGUUUCUAAGCCAAAGAGCUGGUGUUGUCCAUAGAUACCUUCAAGGUCAUGUGGCCAGCAUGACUGCAUGGAGUGCCGUUACCUUCCCACCUAUUGAUCUAGUCACAUUUGCAUAUUUUCGAACUCCUAGGUUGGCAGAAGCUGGGGCAAAUGGUGGGAGCUCACCCUGCUCCCCGAUUUGAACUGCCAACCUUUUGGUCAGCAAGUUCAGCAGCUCAGUGGUUUAAACCGCUGCACCACCAGCCCCCCCCCCCAAUACAUUUUGUUGUGUUUGUAUCGCUUAUGAGGAGUUGGUUUAACUUCAGAUAUUCUAGUAAAACUAAAUUACGCGUUCAAAAAUGAUGUAUGUCUAAAAAGCAUGUCACCAACAUGUGUUUGGAAAGCUCUGUUUUAUAGAAUUGAGUUUCUCACACAAAUGUCUGAGAUAAAAGUAGAAGGGAUGGAUAACUGUUUGUUCUCCAAAUACUUUGGACUGUGACUAUACCAACUCUUACCAUCAACCAUGUUGGAUAGAAGCUCUUAUAGAUACUGUAAUCCAAAAUGAGAAUACCCAUGCUUUCCCAUUCUGGGUAGAGCCUGAUGAUGGUGCAUGGAUUCCUGAUAUUCUCUCAGGUUCCAUGUUCAGGACUGGCUGUAUGACAUUCCAGAUGUGGGAACUGGCCCUUAGAUACAGUAAUCACUUGUCUUUUUCCAAUGAACUAAAAGAGAACAUGUGGCUAUCUACAGAUGUCACACAUCCCUCACACUUCCAUGGUUUUUGUUUUUGUUUUUUUGAUAGGGGUGACAAAAUCAGAAAGUGGGAGGAAACUAAAAUGCCAUAUAUUUCCCUGAUUGUAAGGUGCACUACUUUCCCAUUUUAGGGGCUCCGAAAAUGGGAUGCACCUUACAAUCAAUGAUGCCUUAGAUUUUUAGAUUUCUUUUUUUCUUUUUACAUUGUCUUUCCUCCAAAAAAAGGGCCCCAGGCCCAAACUGCUCUGGUUUUAGGGGUUUUUAAAAUAUUGUUUUACCUCUGAGAGAGAAAGUGUCCAAGCCCCCACAUCUCAGCCACCCAUCACCAUUUUGUCUUUUGCCUCAGCCAGAUGGGUGUUUGUUUACCAUCUGAUUGAGCUAAGCAUCACUUCUUGCUUCCUCUGCCUCCCCAAUAGGCCUAUAGAGCUAGGAAAAUAGAGUCCAGAUGACCUCUGGGUUGAAACAAAAAAUCAUGUGCAUGCAGAGGAAAUUCUUAAAAAUAGUUAAGGAAAAUCCUUUUUUCCCCAAAAAUUGAAGUUUCAAAAGAGUGAUUGCACUCUUCAUUCAGUGGUGCCAUAGAUUUAAUGAAUUUCAGUAAUUCUCUUCUACCUACUUAACUUCACAUACGUGCUUUUAGUAUGUGGAGGACCUAAGGGAUGGCUGUAUGGAUUGAAAGAAAGUGGUCAUGUCGGUAACCCCCUGAAAUCCAUCUUUAGCUCUUGUAUAGUCAUUUAAACACUGGAAGCUUUUAAAGCUGAAAAACUAUGCAAAUGUUUGCAAAUAAUGCUUUUGAAUUUCUUAUUAAAGUGGAAUGCAAGAAUGUUUUGAGGGUGGGGUGGGAUUGAAGUAGAAAUAUAGCUAAUGUCUUCUCUCCUGAAAGGAUAUAUUAACAUAACACCUCACUAUUUGCUUACUUGUGAUCUUAGAUUUCUCCUAAAUCAUUCCCUUCCCAUAUAGUUAGCACAAGGAAAUGCACCUUUUCUUUUCUUUUCAAGAAAAUUUGGCUGUGUCUCAUCUAAACCAUUGAUCAGUGAGCAUCAUAUAUAAGUAUGGAGUUUUAUUCCUGUGGUAUAUCCACACUCCACUGUUAUAGCAGUUUGAUACCACUUUAAUGGUAACAGCUCCAUCCCAUGGCAACAGCUCCAUCCCAUGGCAACAGCUCCAUCCCAUGGGAUAGUGGGAUUUGUGCUCUGGGUUUGUUUGUGUGUGUGUGUGUGUGUGUGUCAGGGGCGACUUGAGAAACUGUAAGUCACUUCUGGUGUGAGGGAAUUGGCCAUCUGCAAGGAUGUUGCCCAGGAGAUGCCCAGAUGUUUUGAUGUUUUACCAUCUUUGUGGGAGGUUUCUCUCAUGUCCCCGCAUGGGGUGCUGGAGCUGACAGAGGGAGCUCAUCCACGCUUUUCCCUCUGACCUGUCAGUCUUCAGUUUGCUGGCACAAGGGUUUAACCCAUUGCACUACCGAGGGUCCCACUGUAGUGAGGAUUUAUUAAAGUGGCAUCAAAGUGUAAUAAUUGUGUAAUGUGAAUACACCAAUCAAUUGUGCCUGCAGGAAUGAGAAGUGGAUACCAUCUUUUUCUUUUAAAAAAAUUGUUUUGCUAAUUUUUGUGCUUUUUCUGAGAUAUGAAGAGAUGGAAUCCAGAUUCAUUUUGUAACGAAAGUGGUCUUACAUGCAACAUUUUGUCCCCUCCCCCUCCCCAUUAGAACUGUUCUGUACACAGUCAGUGUAAUAAAAAUAUUUGCUCACAAAA